GCCAUAUAUAUAUAUAUAUAUGUAGAUGCAUACUAAGGAACCAAAUUCAAGUUUCAGCGAAUAUUGUGGUCUGAAUACGAAUUAUUACACUGUUACCAUGUUAAUUUGUGGCUCCUAGCAUAAGACGUGUUAGCACCUGUAGUCCGCGUGUUUUCACAUCAAAUCGGGAAAGUAUCAAGCAGACCAGCAUAACUAAUUAAGCCGUGAUAACCGUCAAAUUAAAAUUAAAUGGAGGAAUGGGUUGUGUGUACCUGAAAGAGACAAUUCCAUACAGCCUACAAGUUAUCGCAGAGGCAUGUGGUAACAAUUCGUACACUGCCAUCCUGUGGUGUAAAAUGUCAUCACAUCAAACAAAAUGCCUGUUUCUGGAGGGGGCAAUUAUUUAUUUUUUGUUUGUUUGUUUGUCAUAAAGUACACCGCGUAGCGAGUUUUGAUUCAUUAAAAUGUAGAAAUAGUAUCUUAAUUGUAAUAAUGUGACUGGUAGCCUAUGUCCAUCAUCCAACGUGCUCUUUAAUCACAACACCUGUGUGAAACUGCUUUCGACAUUAAACAACUGUUCGUAUGAAGACCAUCCGAAAACCCUCCAGGGCAAAGGUGGGUAAAACUAGCCUACCACUCCACACUAUAGGACUAGGAUUACAGGUGGGGCCAAUGACUCCUGUUCAGCGAAGCAAGGUUUCAGUUUAUAAAAUCGUUUGCAACGUUUUUCUUAACAUGAACAGGGCCUAGAUGCAAGUUUCUGCUCACACUAAAUGACUGUUAAAUCAAUACUCUGAUGUAUUCGGUUACUUUGGUUAUUAAUAGUCAAUAACGGCGAGGUUACAAUGAUUGAAAGAAAACAGACGAUGUGGUCAUUGUCAAAUACAGCCGCAAAUAUUGAACGACUUUUAAGAUGACGUAGUCCGUUACCAAUCGCAGUUAAACCGCGACAGGCCUAAUUAUUUUUAAAACUUCAGACCCUACUGUUACCCCGACAGUGGCAACUGUGACGCAACAGCAUAACGGUGACAUCUUCAAGUGAAUUCCAAUUGUAUAUAUUUAGCAGACUCCACUUGUUUACUAUCAUUUGACUUGUUUCGUCAUUCAGUAUUACGAACGGUUUUAUACGCUUAUUGAAAUCCAAAGAGGGGACAACCUAAAUAUAAGUCCUGCCAUCAUGGCAGGAAUUCUUAUGCGAUUCCUUCUCUUGCUUUUACUUUUUCAGUAUAGGCACGGACCCCAAUUUAGAAACAACACGGGUUACGCGUUGGUUAACCAAGGUGAUGAGAAUUAUAUUGAAAACUCUUCCCUUCUUUCGUUGGACACCAUUUUAGGAAACCGUGUAAACCGAUUUGGACCUGAACUGGGUGACCCCAGCAGACCCAGUGACAUAUACUUUGAGGCUUUUGUGGAGGAAGCAUCCUUUGCCCAUGACGGUCAGGACGCGACCCCUCUCCCCUCUGCUGUGGCGCUGAUUGAGAUCGACCCAGCGCAGGAGUCCACCUGGCCCAGCUUUACGACCCUCAGACCCGUCUUCCAUCAGACUCUGGAGCAUUUCCACACUUACCUGAGAGAGCUUUUAAGCCAACUGGGCUUUGGCCUUGGAGCCCAGGACCACACCACACCCACUGAAAUCGAUUUCUCUGACAAAACUGAGACCGUUGUGGAGGAAACAUCCUUUGCCCAUGACGGUCAGGACGCGACCCCUCUCCCCUCUGCUGAGGCACUGAUUGAAAUCGACCCGGCGCAGGAGUCCGCCUGGCCCAGCUUUACGACCCUCAGACCCGUCUUCCAUCAGACUCUGGAGCGUUUCCACACUUACCUGAGAGAGCUUUUAAGCCAACUGGGCUUUGGGCUUGGAGCCCAGGACCACACCACACCCACUGAAAUCGAUUUCUCUGACAAAACUGAGACCGUUGUGGAGGAAACAUCCUUUGCCCAUGACGGUCAGGACGCGACCCCUCUCCCCUCUGCUGAGGCGCUGAUUGAGAUCGACCCGGCGCAGGAGUCCGCCUGGCCCAGCUUUACGACCCUCAGACCCGUCUUCCAUCAGACUCUGGAGCGUUUCCACACUUACCUGAGAGAGCUUUUAAGCCAACUGGGCUUUGGGCUUGGAGCCCAGGACCACACCACACCCACUGAAAUCGAUUUGCCUGACAAAACUGAGACCGUUGUGGAGGAAACAUCCUUUGCCCAUGACGGUCAGGACGCGACCCCUCUCCCCUCUGCUGAGGCGCUGAUUGAGAUCGACCCGGCGCAGGAGUCCGCCUGGCCCAGCUUUACGACCCUCAGACCCGUCUUCCAUCAGACUCUGGAGCGUUUCCACACUUACCUGAGAGAGCUUUUAAGCCAACUGGGCUUUGGGCUUGGAGCCCAGGACCACACCACACCCACUGAAAUCGAUUUGCCUGACAAAACUGAGACCGUUGUGGAGGAAACAUCCUUUGCCCAUGACGGUCAGGACGCGACCCCUCUCCCCUCUGCUGAGGCGCUGAUUGAGAUCGACCCGGCGCAGGAGUCCGCCUGGCCCAGCUUUACGACCCUCAGACCCGUCUUCCAUCAGACUCUGGAGCGUUUCCACACUUACCUGAGAGAGCUUUUAAGCCAACUGGGCUUUGGGCUUGGAGCCCAGGACCACACCACACCCACUGAAAUCGAUUUCUCUGACAAAACUGAGACCGUUGUGGAGGAAACAUCCUUUGCCCAUGACGGUCAGGACGCGACCCCUCUCCCCUCUGCUGAGGCACUGAUUGAAAUCGACCCGGCGCAGGAGUCCGCCUGGCCCAGCUUUACGACCCUCAAACCCGUCUUCCAUCAGACUCUGGAGCGUUUCCACACUUACCUGAGAGAGCUUUUAAGCCAACUGGGCUUUGGGCCUGGAGCCCAGGACCACACCACACCCACUGAAAUCGAUUUGCCUGACAAAACUGAGACCGUUGUGGAGGAAACAUCCUUUGCCCAUGACGGUCAGGACGCGACCCCUCUCCCCUCUGCUGAGGCGCUGAUUGAAAUCGACCCGGCGCAGGAGUCCGCCUGGCCCAGCUUUACGACCCUCAGACCCGUCUUCCAUCAGACUCUGGAGCGUUUCCACACUUACCUGAGAGAGCUUUUAAGCCAACUGGGCUUUGGGCCUGGAGCCCAGGACCACACCACACCCACUGAAAUCGAUUUCUCUGAUGAACCUGAGACCGCUGUGGAGGAAACAUCCUUUGCCCAUGACAGUCAGGACGCGACCCCUCUCCCCUCUGCUGAGGAGCUGAUUGGCAGCUCCUCUGAAGAGUGGCAGCUGAACUCCGCCCUGCUCGAGUGGAGCAGCCAGAUGCUGUCCAUCAUGGCCUCUGUGGAAGCUGUCCUAAUCGUUGGCGGAGUCUUCAUUUCACAAUGCAUUGUGAAGUAUGCCUUCCGACGCACUGAGAAGAAACCAGACCGGGUCUGUAGGAAACCACUCGAACAGCAGAAACCGACUCAGGCUGCCCUUACCCAGAAGCCCGUUGAGGAGUCGAAGGCAGACAAAUUGGAGAAGGCCAUGGAACGACUAAUGGCUUACAAGGGGAAGAUGAGGGAGAUCCAUCAACCGAAACCGCCCACACGGGUCACCAUUGAGCAGCAACUGCAGGCGUUGGACAGGGACCUGGUCGAGUGGAAACGCAACGUGCGGGCUGUGGAAUCAGACAUGGAAGAGAUGGGGAAAAUGCUCUCUGACUGGAAAGCGGACUUGUCCAGGAUCAGGUUCCCCUCCCAGGUCGAGUGAGUACAGAGUCCCCACUGCACACCUGGGCUGUUGGACUCUGACCAAUCAAACCUGAUCUACCAAGCUCUUCACCAAUCAAAACUCACCUAACAGAGCCGUACCAAGCUUCUCACCAAUCAAAACUCACCUAACACAGGUGUACCCGGCUCCUUUCCAAUCAAACCUGAUUUACCAAGCUCUUCACCAAUUAAAACUCACCUAAUAGAGAUACACCAAGCUUCUCACCAAUCAAAACUCAUCUAACAGAGCUGUACCAGGCUCCUCACCAAUAAAACUGAUCUAACAGAGCUUAAAAUUUAAAAAAUUCAUUGUCCUGUAUCUGAACUAUUUCUCUAUCAAUAAAGCAUUGUUCAAAAAAAUGAAA